AUGUCUUACUCUCCUAAUCUUCAAAAACCUUCAAACAGUACUAACCACUACGAAGAAGAUCAACAACAACAACAACAGAUCAAAAGCCAGUCCCAGAAAUAUGAAGAGAUUAUUUCAACCCUUCCUAAGGAUCAAGAUGGAUGGUUGGACGAGCAUUACAAGAUUGAAGGUUUUUGGUAUGAUCCUGUUUGGGCUGUUGGAGUUCUUUGGGCACAGGAAAACUUCCAGGCACGCUCUAGUGAUGUUAUUUUGGCUUCAUUUCCCAAGUGUGGCACCACAUGGUUAAAGGCUCUCGUGUUUUCCAUCCAGAAGAGAAAUGAUCGUUGCCUCAAUGAUUCAACUCACCCUUUACUCACUACAAACCCCCAUAAGUGUGUUCCCUAUUUUGAGCUGCAAGCUCAUGAAGAUGACCCAUUGACAUACCUAGAUUCUCUUCCCUCACCUAGGCUACUUAGCACACAUGUCUCUUACACUUCAUUGCCGAUAUCCAUCAUAAAUUCAGGUUCGAAGAUUGUGUGUAUUUGUCGGGACUCGAAAGAUGUUUUGGUCUCCUUGUGGAAAUUUGUCAAUAAAAUAAGAUCUGGAAGGAACAUGCCACCCCUGCCUCUGGAAGAAGGGUUUGAGCUUUUCUGUAAAGGAGUUUGUCUCUCAGGGCCCUUUUGGGAGUACAAUUCGGAGUACUGGAAUGCAAGUUUAGAACGCCCGAAUAAUGUAUUUUUUCUCAAGUAUGAGGAUCUGAAGAAGGAUACUACUUUUUACGUGCAGAAGCUGGCACGAUUCAUGGAAUGUCCCUUUUCGGUGGAUGAAAAAAGUAAAGGUGUCGUGAAAGACAUAAUAAAGCUAUGUAGUCUUGAGAAUUUGAGCAAUCUGGAGGUGAAUAAAGCUGGAACAUUUCAUCUGGGCUCGAAAGCGAAGGUGGACAACAAUGCAUUCUUCCGGCGAGGUAACGUUGGAGAUUCGAAGACUUGUCUGACGCCUUCGAUGAUCAAGCGACUUGAUGAGAUUACAAAGGCAAAGUUCAAAGGGUCUGGACUGGCAAUUUAG